GAUCGUAGCCCCUCGGUUGAUUCUUUGACGAGUCAAGGUCGUGUAACGGCGGAUGAGGGUUGUGUCUUUCUUGGAGUCAUCGACGUUGUUUAGAGGUGAGGGGCGGUGGGUAGAGUGAGGGUGAACGAGUUUCUGUGUCUCUUUCCUGUUUGUUAUGAAAAGAAAAGUAAAUAGCAAGAAUCACGUGUGUGAGUUUUAGCACGUGGCCGGCCUUGCGUAAUGGAAUAGUCCAGAUUUCAUCUCGUGAAUAGUAACUCCUACCUUGCAUUUAUGAUAUAUAAUAUUGCUUGAGGCCUAGCUACGGGCCUUUAAGCCAAUGAGCAUUCUCGGAGGAGUGAAAAUUGAAGCUAAAAUCUAAUUAUUUUGAUACAGUAGAGCUUUUUAAAUUCCCCACAGUGUGGCUGCCAUACACGACGCAAUCAUAACGGAGUGCAUUGUCUUGACAUAAAGCAGGAGUCAACCUGGGACAAGCAAAACUGGUGUGUCAUUUAUUCGAAUCGGUGAACAAUAUUUCUACUAUCUUGGCAUUUCUCCUAGUAAGUGCUUAUUAAAUAAACAACGUUGACGUGUCCUCCUACGUUGCUGUCGUCGUAUAAAAUUCAAGAGGUUAAGGAAUCAACUCACAUCAAAACCAAAGCAUUGAGCUGUAGCUACUGUUCCGGACAGACUGGAAAGUGUUCUUUUCCCGCGCAGAACCUUGGAUUUCAGAUUUUCUGGAUUUCAUCUAGUUGAGAAGAACUCAUCACAAGGUCUCGUCGCAUCGAAGUAAACUUUGUUUUAGACAUAUUUGCACCGGCACGCUCUGAAAUGGCGGAUAUCAACGCAACUAAUGUGGAUAUGAGGUUUUUAUACGUUGACAAGUUAGAAUAUACAAGAUGGGCAGUGUUUACAUUAUGGCUUGUGAUUUUCCUUAUUGGUGUUCCGGGCAAUCUGAUGAUUGUGGCCGUUUACUGGGCAAGUGGGAUAAAGACGAGCACCCACGUGCUCAUUGGUUCCCUCGCUGUGGCCGAUCUCCUGAUGUGUUUGUUAAAGUUUGCGGACGCAAUAGUAAUCGCAUCUGUACCGUUUUAUUUAGCGUACAACCGUGAGAGUUCUAUUUACUUUUUGAGUAAUGGCCUGUUGUACUCGACAGCUUUGUUAACGACGGCGAUCGCGUUCGACCGAUUUGACGCCGUAUGUCGUUCCCUACGGCGCACGAUGACGCUCCGAAGGGCGAAAAUCGUCUCCGCUCUGUGUUUUAUUAUUGGUUUCAUCGGCAUUAUUCCAGAGCUGGUGCACAAAAUCCAAACCGACCGCAACGGAGGAGUCGACACUUUCGAGCAGGCGAUCGUGAAAGCGAUUCCGCUUUCAAUUUACGGCACUUCGCUUCUGAUCGUCACUGUUUCGUACUCUGGUAUCUUUGUGUUUUUACGGAAACGGGGACGAGUUGAGUCGCGUGAUGUUCCAGCAGUGCAUCAUGGAGUAGGUUUAAGCACAACUGGUGCGUCUGUUGUCGGCGGCGAAGGACGUACUGCGUCUAUUGCCGACAACGAUGCGUCAGACGCACGCGGCGCAGGGACGGAAAUGACCGCCAUACGGAUGCCCGACGUCGGUGGACCGCCACGCUCAUCAAUCAACGGCGUCGCCUCAACUAGCGAACAGCACCUGGGGACCAACCGGCCUAAUGUUCGCCGUCCUGGCGGCACAAACCAAUUUCGCAUAACCAGAAUGUUGUUAAUCACCACCCUUACGUUUUUCAUUCUGUGGUUUCCGAUUGUUUUAUUGAAAGUCUACGCCCUCGGAACCUUGUUCACUGACUUUCAGAAGUCUCACCAUUACGCCAACUUAGUGUCGGCGUUGUUGGUUCUUAGGGACACUGCGUUCGUCAACAGUGUCAUCAAUGUGUUUAUAUAUAGCGUGGCGAACAAGCGCUUUCUACUCGAAUCCAAACGCGUGGUGAAAAACAUCAGAGCGAGGUUUGGGUGAAUUUAAAGAGACAAAAAA